UCAUAGCAACCAUUUUAUUGGGAACAAUCAAAUCAUUCCAGUUUAGUGCGCCGAAAGAAAGCUUAGCUUCGUUAAAAAAACAGCACGCGUAAAACAUGGCAAUUCCUUGCCUGAAGAACGGUGUCGCUUCGAAACAAGGUGAAAAUUCCUUCCUUUACACGCCGUGCCACUGUCCGGUCGGGAAGUUACUGCGCCAGCAGCAACUGGUACGCUGUGAAAAACCUCGCAUGCCCACGGUUCGCCGAGUCUCGCGAAGAACGCAAUAUCUGGCCAAACCUCGUAUGCCUCGCGCUAAGUACGAACCUCGUGCCGGGAUACGCUCCAUCAAACAAACGGAAGUGUGCCGCACGUACAAGGAACCGUUCGCUUCCAAGCGCCUGCAGCAGCUUGCCCAUCCGCACGUACGAAAGCUGGUUGCGGCCCAGCAGGAGUACCGCCGUUUUAUCGCCCGUCGCCAGCAGGACCAGCUCGAGAAGCGCAUCAAGAAGAGCAUCUUCACCGUGUACAGCCGGCUGGCGAAUGUGCAGCUGCCGGAAGUAGACAAGUAUAAGGGCAUGUCGCCGGAGGAAUGGCAAAAGCAUCAGGAUUGGCUCGAACGCAAUGCACAACCAAAGCAGGCGCCGGCCAGCGAGCAACCGAAACGCGACCGAAAGCCACUUGCAGCGUUGAUUAAUCGGAUUGAAAGCUUGUCGGAACCGCGUUUCGCACGGAAGAAGUUUACUGGCCCGGAGAAGAUGGGUCCCGCCGCAAAACCAUCCGCGUUGAAAGCGCUGCCUUCGGAGCAUGUGGCCAAACUUGCCGAACCACUAGAGCGUCGUCGACGUGCCAAAGGUGCCGUGGUGGAGGACACACGGCUGCCGGAGAAUGUGCUGAAAGCCGUCGCGUCUAGCCGCGUGGCCGAGCUGGCUGUCGCAAAAUCGUAUCGUAAUGUAAACAACGAAUACCGCGAUAAACCGUUCACGGUCGAACCGAACGCACUGAAGGCGAAGGCGUCCGAUCGCAUCCUGGAGCUGGCCAAACCGAAGAAGGUGAAAAAAUGAACCAAUUGCUAUUUCCAAACCAUGGCAUCUUUGAAAUCUUGAGCACUGCGAAUUCUCAAUUAUGGCAAAUUAGCUAAAUUAUAUGUUAUUUGGUAGUGUUACAAAUGGCACAGAUCACACACCGCGAUCGUGAAUAGAAUUGUUGAAAUCAAUGAAUGUUGCUUUACCAAC